CAGUGUGUCCUCUGCGCAGACGUAGAUCGUCUCUAAGAUAGAGGAGGAAAACUAUCCGUGAGGAGGACCCCCUGUAGAAAUGUGGCUCCCCCGUCACACAGCACUGCUCUGCGGUCAGUUUGGAGGCUUCUCCCGGCUUCCUCCGUGUGUAGUCGGCCGCUCUCAGACCGCUGCUGCUCCGCCCCCGAGGAGGUUUUUCGCGGCAAAAUCAAGUGUGGACACACCGACAGACAGUGACACCGAGAACAGUAGAAACAUGCCGUCCAACGUGGAGAUAAAAGCCAAAGUGAGCGACCCGACACAGUUUGCCAAGAAGGCUGCCAAGCUCAGCCAAUCAGAGGGCACGAUCAUCAGACAGCACGACACGUUCUUCAACUGCAGCCAAGGACGACUAAAGCUGCGGGACUUCAUGAACGAGUCCGGUCAGCUGAUCUUCUACGAGCGUCCGGACACCGAUGGACCCAAACUCUCCCGUUACUCCAUCAGUCCAACCAGCGACCCGCCCAGCCUCCGGACUGUGCUGUCAGACGCCCUCGGGGUUAAAGGUGAGGUGCGGAAGGAGCGACUGCUGUUUCUGAUUGGUCAGACCAGAGUUCACCUGGACGCAGUGGAGGGACUGGGAAACUACAUGGAGCUGGAGGUGGUGAUGCGUCCAGAGCAGACUGUUGAAGACGGACAGCAGGUGGCCGAGGGUCUGAUGGAGAAGCUCGGUGUUUCCCAGGAGAGUCUGGUGACGGGGGCGUACGUGGAUCUGUUACUGAAGGGACACAAAGAGACUUAAAACAAACGCACCUCUGGAGACAGAGAGCCGGAGACUAAUCAGAAUAAAACACAGAGAUCAGUAUUGUAACAGUGAGUAUAACAGAACAGUGACUGUUUACAUCUUGUUGCACUAAUAAUAAUAAUGAACCUGAUAUUAACUUUGUAUUUAGGUUUUUGACUUUUCUAAAUAAAUGAACUGAAACUGG